GGAGUGGAGUCCAGAUAUAUCACAGAUCCCCUCCCAUCAUCCUCGUUCCCUGCUCUCGCCCUCCACCUGUGAGACCAUCGUCUCCGAGACAGUGGAGGCCAAGGUGGGAGGCUGCGUGCAGUACCCCACUUUAUCUGACUGACAGCCUCGCGCCAUGCGAAGACGGCACCAUGGCCUCAACGAGUAGUCAAACGAGCACGUCCCCACAACAUUCUAGCACCAGCAAUUCUGACAACAAUAAUCAAAUUAUGAGUAAUUUUUUCACCGCAAAUGGAUCACCAACGCUGGUAGUCGCGUUUCUGGUGAUCGGGCUGGCUAUGGUGACCAUGGGGGCAUUGUUUGGGUGGAGAAGGAUGAGUAGAGGGAGACUCUUGGUCCAACCUGCUAGGCCAACUCGGGUCCGCCCAGGAAGGAAACCGAUCGUGUUAGGAGAGAAACCCACACUUUGGGAUAUGUGGGCGAGAAGAGAAGAGAUGACGAUCGAUUCAAAAUGGGAAAAUCUAACGCCCUUUUGCGCCACGCUAUUCUGUCCGACAGAAGGGCCUCCUCGGCCGGCCCUGAAAGCUGUCGAACCACAACAUCAAAAUCCACCCCGUUCAUCUUCUGUGAUGACUCGGAUGUCUGCUUUUAGACAGCACUUUCGACCCAUGAAUCCUCCACCUUUGCCCCUGCCAGAGUCGCGAGCGCAUGAACUUGAUGACAUGUCUGAACGGCCAGGGUCAGGGGCUCCCUCGUUGACUCGGGCAAAGGGCCCGUCCGUCGUGAUGGCUUUCACGAUUGCUAUGCCGUCGCCUAAUAGGAAGCGCGACAACGCUGUCGCAAGCUCUGAGGCAUCAGGCCGGGCGCCUACGCCAGAACUGCUCUAUGAUACAGAACUAGGAGAGUACUGCAUUGGGUCAGUGGAGGCGUCGUGCAGUGAAGACAGAUGACAGGAAAGCAGAGUACUUGUCAUAGGACUGCGUGGUCUUAUUUUUUGAUGCCUGAUCGUAUGCUGUAAUUUAUGUAUGUAUGACACCUGCCUACCUAUCUGAGCUAUAGGGCUGGCGGAAAUAGCGACCGUUGGAGGUUGCACAUACCCUGUGGGUUCUACACGACUUGUCUUCGUGUCUUGAAGGUGUCGGUGAAGUUGUGAAAGCUAAAUAGCACAGCCCCAAGUUGUUUCAGGGAAUUGGCUUCAGAAUCAUAGAAGAUCGUGGUA